UUUACGAAUAUCAAAGAAAUUUUAUGUAUUUUAAGCAAAUUAAUUCUUUUACCACACAUUCGUCUUAAAUACUUCACAGAUGUUUCGAAAACUUAUAUCAUUAGUAAAAUCAAGUGUUUUCUAAAUUAUCGAAAAGUAGAUACAUAGAAAGCCUUCUGUUCUAUUAUGAUAUAUAUGAUGAAUGGCGUUAAUAAGCUCGAUACGUAUGAUACAGAGAUACGAUAUCUACGUAAAAGAUGUAUACUAAUAAAAUUAAUUAAUUUAUCAUCUACAUCUAUGUGAUGUGUAUGUAAAGGUGUGUUUAUAUCGUUUCUUUUUUAACAGCUAUAAAUACGAAAAUUCAAUAAAAUUUAUUAUUUAUUCGUUAAGAUCUUACGUGGCUCUUUGGCAAGAUGAACGCUUGGAUCGUAUUUUUGGCAGCCUUCGUGGCUUUUGCCGCAACUGUAACAGCAGAAGAUAAGAUUGUCUGUUACUAUGGUAGCUGGGCGGUCUAUCGACCUGGAGCAGGCAAAUUUGACAUUGCCAAUAUCGAUUCAACUCUUUGCACUCAUUUAAUUUAUACAUUCAUUGGAAUCAAUAAUAGUGGUAGCAUCAAGAUUCUGGACUCUUGGCAAGAUCUUCCAGAUAACUACGGAAAAAAUGGUUUCGGUAGAUUCAACGAUCUCCGUAAGAACAACUCUAACGUAAAAACUAUGAUCGCUAUCGGAGGAUGGAACGAGGGUUCUACCAAGUACUCUCACGUUGUUGCCAAUCCUACCAUUCGUGCUAAAUUCGUUGAUUCGGUAGUCAAAUUCUUAGAUAAGUAUGGCUUUGAUGGUUUUGAUAUUGAUUGGGAAUACCCAAAUCAACGUGGAGGCAAACCUGCAGAUAAAGAAAAUUAUAUUGCUCUUCUGAAAGAACUUCGAGAGAAAUUUAACCAACGCGGAUACAUUCUCAGUGCGGCUGUUUGUGCCGCUGAAACUCCCGCUUCUCAAUCUUAUAUCAUUCCUGAAAUGUCCAAACACUUGGACUUUAUCAAUCUUAUGGCUUACGAUCUUCAUGGUUCUUGGGAAUCCACUACUGGAGUCAAUUCACCUCUUUAUGCCAAGAAAGGUGCGACUGGCAAUAAUGCAAAACUCACUGUUGAUGCAUCUGUAAAGUACUGGUUAGCACAAGGAGCUCCUCCUGAAAAAUUGAUUCUUGGAGUACCUUUCUAUGGUAGAUCUUUUACUCUUAGAAAUGUUCAACAACAUGCUAUUGGAUCACCAACUACUGGAGCAGGAACUGCAGGACCAUACACUCGCGAACCUGGAAUGUUGGGAUAUAAUGAAAUUUGCACACAACUUCAUAGUGGUAAAUGGACCGUUGUUUAUGACAAUGAACAGCGCGUACCUUACGCAUAUAACGGUAAUCAAUGGGUAGGCUAUGAUAACGUUCAAUCUAUAAAGGAAAAAGCUGAAUAUAUUAAAGCUAAAGGGCUUGGUGGUGCUAUGUUGUGGAGCAUUGAAACUGACGACUUCCACGGUGCAUGCGGAGAAAAAUAUCCUCUUUUGAAAGUUUUGAACAACGUUUUGCGAAAUGGUCCACCUUUAAAACCUACAACAACCGAAACAACUAUCCCAAGUGAAACGGUUACAUCAACCAAAACAACUAAGCCAACCAGCCCGCCAAGUAAGGAUAUUUGCACCCGCGAAGGAUUCAUCCGUGAUCCUAAAGAUUGCAGUAAAUUCUAUCACUGUAGACUUGUUGAUGGUCACUAUUUAGUCUCUAAAUUCCAGUGUCCUGAUGGGCUCGUUUUUGACCCAGCUAUAUUAAACUGCAACUACCCAGAUAAAGUACAAUGUUGAUGACCAUAGAUCAAAUGAGAAUGACAUUUGCAGGAAUCACUUUUUUAUGUGACUGCAGUAAAUUCUUUUAUCUUAUAAUAAAAAUGAUUAAUACGUAAAUAA